CCAUGAGCUCCCGAACUCUGGGUGAUAAGACUUGCACUACAACCACAUUUGCACCAAGGUCAACUUUAAUCUAACCAAACAUGAUGGGUGUAAACACAGGAAUCAGUUGGACUGUACAUUCACAUGUGCUGUGUUUGUUUGUCACCUGCAGGUUCUGUAUGCAAGUAUUAUAGGUGUAAAUGAGAGAAUAGGUUUUUCCAUUCAUAUCAGCAUUACGGUUGUCCUUAAGGGCUGGUUGUAACAUAAUACAAACAAUAAUAAUAAUUUGAACUUUAUUGAUCCCAUAUUUAGGAAAUUCUUGUGUUUACAGCAGAUCUGAUGCAUGUGCUUCCUAACAGGAGGACUGUAAACAUGUAACUACUAGAUCCAUGAUUCCCAACAGCUGAGCCACUAAUUACUCAUCCACUAGGUGGCAGUAGAUGGCUGUAAACGUAAUAAAAAAGACUUAAAAGACUUAAUUUCUCCUAGUAUAUUAGGAUUGUAUUCAACUAAACAGCCCAGGGAGUAAGUAAAUUGUAACCAACAGAUCAUUGUUUUUCUUUAUAUGUUGUUGGACCUCUUAAUUUUGGUGGUGUUUUGAUGUAAUAUAUGUGCUUAGGCUCAAACACUGUACUACAUAAUGUAUUGACAUAUCUGUGGCUGUAUUCAAGAAUAUUUAAUCGAGAUACAAAUAUUGUACAUUGUUCUGUGUUUUAACAUAAAUCUGUCAACAAUUUCAGGUUGAGAAACCACAAAUUAUUUUCCAUAUACUGUGGCAGGAAAAGUGCGUUAAUGAGGAACAAAGCUGUAUGAACCAAAUGCAGUUGUACUGUGACAUGUUCUAUGUGACAGAGUAAAACCAACUCCAGAAUCUUUUACAAUGUUUGACGCUCCAUCCUCCUUAAAUGUCUACAAACUACAGCGUUACAUCACCGGCUGCGAUGACAAAAUCUCUUCCGUCACAGUUUGUACAACAGCUUAAUCCUCACCUUUGGAAGCGCCUAGAAUGAAGAGAUUACGUCUGUUAAACCGGAAACACGGCGUUUUAAAGUUUCAAUAUAAUGGCGCACUUUUAAACCAUUCGAAUGAUGAGUAACAGUUAAUACAUUACUGUGAAUCAGUUUGCUUUUACUGAAUUUAAUUUGCAUACUUGCUUUUUUUGUUUAAAUAUGGUAAUGCAUGUUUUUAAUUAUAUAAUUGAUUAUAGCUCCCUGCGUUUCUCGCUACACACAACCCUAAGAAACUACACGAAUUCAUUUUAUUUUGAUAGAACGCAUCCGUUGUACCUUUAAAACGCUGCAUAUGUUCUGUGUGGUCGCUAAGCUCAUCUGUCCACAGUGAUAAACUGCGGUCAGUCUGGCAGUGUUGAGUCCGUUGACGGUUUGAUUUCCCCUGUUCUUAUCAGUUAGUAGAUGUUGGUUUAGUCGUGAUAAAUCCGUGCCUCUGCUGGAUGACAAUGAUGACGAUGAUCUCUCCCUGGGAGCGAUGGUUCUCCACCAGCUGCUGCCUCUGCUGCCAUGUCCGCACAGGAACCAUCAUCCUGGGACUCUGGUACAUGCUCAUCAAUGCUGUGGUGCUGUUUAUCCUGAUGACGGCUCUCAGUGAUCCUGAGCAGUACCACCUGACCAGUGUUGAAUUGGCUAAUGACCUGGACGUCAUGGAUGAUGCCAACAUGUGCAUCGUCUCAGCCAUCUCUCUGCUGAUGAUUCUCAUCUGUGGGAUGGCCACAUAUGGUGCUUACAAGCUCCACGCUGCUUGGAUCAUCCCUUUUUUUUGCUAUCAACUCUUUGAUUUUGCUCUCAACACCCUGGUGGCUGUCAGCAUUGUGAUUUACCCCAACACGAUACAGGACUACCUGCAGCAGCUGCCUGAGAACUUCCCCUACAAGGAGGAAAUUGCUGCUCUUAGUGAUCUCUGUCUGGUGCUCAUGGUUCUGGUCUUCAUAGGCUGUAUUCUUUCUUUCAAGGCCUACCUCAUCACAUGUGUGUGGAACUGCUACAGAUACGUGAACGGCCGAGGAUCUUCUGAAAUUCUACUCUAUGUGACGACCAACGACACCACUGUGCUGCUGCCUCCGUACGAUGACAGUGUCAGUGUUCCAACAAAGCAGACUCCUCCACCUCCUCCUCCUCUUCCUUUUCCUCCUCCUCCUCCUUACAUCACUGCUGCAGCAUAAAAAAAAACCCCUGGAUGCUGCUCCCAGACCCAGAGGAAAUAGAAGCACCAUACUGCCUGUCAUAUAACAGUGUGUAUUUACCAAACUCUCACCCACAGUAUUGCUCAUUCACACACACACACACACACACACACACGUAUUAAUGUGUUCCCCCAAGUGAUGUUAUUGUUUCCUGGUAUUUAUUGUUGAAAACAUAUUUCUUCCAUAUUGUUUGUCUGUCAUCACUAUUAUUACAUACAGAAUUAUCUUUUUAUGCAUCUGUAAAAAUAAAAAUUUGGAAGAGAAGAAUUUGGUUUGUUGAAAAGGAUUCCAUAUAUUUUUUAUCUGUGUUUAUCUGAGAUUGUAUUUUACCUUAAUAUUAAUAUUGAACAUGUGCACAUAAUGAUGGUAAUGAAUCAGAAGUAUUUGUGUGUUUCUUGAUUGAGAUUGAACUGACUUUUGUGAUGAUUCUCUUCUGUGAUGACAUGCACUUUACUGAUCUGCGUGUACAUUAGUGUCACCUGGACUGGACAUUUCUCCCAAAGAACUGCCUCUAAUUUGACAUGAUUUGAAAAAUGAAAAAUGUUCUUAUAUAUAUAUAUAUAUAUUUAAAAGAACUUCUUAUUCUGUCAUAUUCUCCUGCAGCUACAGGUGGUUGUCUGUUAUAAUCAUCAGGAGUUUGGGUUGUCUUGGUUUCCUGAAUGAAUGUAUGUUUCUACUGAAAUGUCAAGAACUGCUGUUUAUCUGUUUUGUCAGUGCAGACGUGACGCUGAUCUGGAAUCAGUUGGUCUUUAAAGUCAAAGUAAAGCUCUGAAUGAGUCCAUUGUGGGAAUCUUUUGUCUAGACUCUAGAAUCAGCCUCUUUGCAGUUAAGAAGCAGAGAGCACUUCUGUGUUUUUUUAGUUAUGGCCAGUAGAUGACUGUCUGUCUCUUCUUCAUAUGGAGUUGUGUUGGCAAACGGAGAGCUGAUGUAAAAGGUCCUGUGAGGACACACGAGUCAAAGCUGGACACUGCUGCUGCUGGAUCAUGAUGUUAUGGCAUUUGUUAGUCCAAUUAAAAACAGA